GUUUCCCUCUGCAAAAUUCCGGCUUCCAGAUUUCUCUAGGCUGCUCUUUUCUUCCGUCCACCGCCUAACUGACAUGGCUUCCAAUACCGGGUUCGUUGAGCGCGUACAAGACUUCGUCACAGAGAAUAAGAAGGCCAUCCUUAUUGGAACAGCAGCCGCUGCUAUCGCUGUGGGCGGCGCUGUCUACUACGCCUCAACAUCCAAGCCUUCAGACGGGACGGACUUGGAAAAGGGCGACAAAAAGGACCGGAAGAAGUCGUCGAAAGGGACGAAGAAAAAGAAGUCCGUCAAGGACAAGGAUGGACCUAUUCUGGAGGAACGGAAGCCGAAAGUCCAGGAAGAACCCGGCGACGACGCCGUGCUGAAUGACGAGCAAAUUGCUGCCCUGUCAACGGAGGAACGGACAGCACUCGCGACUUCCUACAAAGCAAAGGGUAAUGCAGCAUAUCAACAGCGCCAGUUCACUACGGCUGCUGAACUAUAUACUCGCGCGAUCCAAGUGUCGCCAAAAGCUGAACCCGUAUUCUACAGCAACCGCGCUGCGUGCUAUAUGAACAGCUCACCUCCAAAAUAUGACCUCGUCAUCGAAGACUGCAACGAGGCACUCAAACUAGACCCAAAGUACAUCAAAGCAAUGAACCGCAGGGCCACAGCUUUCGAAGGACUCAAGCAAUACGAAGAAGCCCUUCGCGACUUCACGGCCUCUACGAUACUUGACAAAUUCACUAACAAGUCUUCCGGAGAGUCUGUAGAACGGGUAUUACGAUCCCUCGCUUCGAAAAAAGCAGCCGACAUUCUCGCGCAGCGGCAACCUCGCCUCCCUUCCUUUACCUUCAUCUCAGCCUACUUUGCCGCUUUCCGACCCAAAGCGCACCCGACACUUCCGGAGAACCCGUCACAGGGCGAUAACACACUCCUGCUCGCCCUGCAGGCCCUCGACGCGUCAGAUUAUGUUCACUCGGUGACCUUGGUUAACGAAGCUCUCGAACAGGGUAUUUCUUGGCCCAUUGGAAAAGCGGAGGCUCUCAACCUUCGUGGUACCUUCAAAUUCCUCAUGGGCGAAAUCGAAGACGCAAAGUCUGACCUUCAGCAGUCAAUCGACAUUGACCCAUCAUUCACACAGAGUUUGGUGAAGAUUGCUAGUGUGUAUAUGGAACAGGGAGACCCUCAAAAAGCUUUCGAGUGUUUCGAGGACGCAAUCAAACAAAACCCUAAUGACCCUGACAUUUACUACCAUCGUGGCCAAGUUUUGUUUAUUCUCAAUAAAUUCAAGGAGGCCGCGGACAACUACACGAAGUCUACUGAACUGGAUGAUAAGUUUGUAUUCAGCCACAUACAAUUGGCUGUGGCAGAGUACAAGCAAGACAAUCUCGCGAAAAGUAUGGGACAGUUCCGCCGGACAAUGGUUGCCUUCCCUCAACGAAGCGAACCCCAAAAUUACUACGGUGAGCUGCUGCUCGAUCAACAACGGUACCCGGAUGCCGUGGAGAAGUUUGAGCGAGCCAUAGAGUUGGAGAAACUAAAAAAGACCACUUCCCCGCCGAAUGUCCUGCCUCUCGUGAAUAAGGGUCUCGCCUUAUACCAGUGGAAGCAAGAUAUUGGCCCGGCAGAGCGCUGCUGCAACGAGGCUCUCCGAAUUGACCCGGAUUGUGAUGCCGCCGUCGCCACGCUCGCCCAACUCAGCUUACAGCAAGGGCACCUCGACAAGGCCGUGGAAUAUUUCAUCAGACAAGCUGAGCUUGCGAGGACGGAGCCGGAGCUGAUCAACGCGUUGACGUACCAACAUGCUACAUCAUCGCAGUUGGAAUUCUUGAAAAACUAUCCGGAUAUGGCAGCACAACUUAGCCCUCUCGCUAGGGGCAUGUCAUAAAGGAAAAGGUGGUCCGAAUCCCUGAAUACUAUUGUGGCUCAAGAUCUGCCAUCUCUACUCACGACCAUCUACUUUAUCACAUCUGUUAUCACGUAUUUAUCUCGUCCCUAGCUUACAGUUACUGCAAUGCACCCUCUACUCGACUGAAACGUGAAGAUGCGAUCCGAUCUUGUAAAUUAUGCGUCAUUUUUUUUUUUUUUUUUUUUUUUUUUU